AUGGAUCAGAAGCCGGCGUCGAAGACGGUGCAACUUAAUCUGCACCAGGCCAUACUCGCGCAGGCGAGGCAAAAGGCAGAGCAGCAGAACAGAGCCAACAAUAAUAGUCAGAUUAAGAAGAGGCAGGGCAAGAAGAAUGGUGGAGGCGAUCGUGGCCACGUCGUAAACGUAGGGCAGCUCAUCUCUUCAAUCUCGGAGAUGUUUCCAAGCCUGGACAAGAGUGUGGUGGAGCUGCUGCUGCACGAGCACGCGUUUCAGGUAGAGGCCACGAUCGCACAGCUCACCGACAUGAUCCGCAUUCAGGAGGACCACCAGACCUCUGUGCAACAGCAGCAGCAAGACUUGAUCAACGCCCACCUUCAUCAGGCACCUGCUCAGAGCGACGAGGAGCUGGCCCAGCGGCUUGCAUUCGAGAUGGAGCAGGAGGAGCGGGCCAGGAGGGAGGCCCAGGAGAAGGCCGAUGAGGCCAUGGCGCGCGCGCUUACCGGCGACGGCAGCAGCGGCAGCGGCGCCGCCAACAGCUACGCCAACGCGGCUGCCAAGUGCGACUCGGCCGCCGCGGCGCGCACCAAGAAGGGCGGCGCCGUGGCCGGACGCAGCGAAAGCGGCAAGUGGAAGGUCAAGCAGCCGCCACACCACGGCGACGCUGCGGGGGCGGGGGCGGGGGGAGGCGGGCGAGUCGGCGGUGGCGGCGAUGUCGAUGGCGCGGCGGGGGAUGGAGGCGGUGGAGUGAUGGACCACACGGGCGAGGAGCAGUGGGAAGUGGUCGGGCUGAGCAAGAAGGCGCGCAAGAGGCGCAACAAGAAGACUGCUGCGGCCGCUACUGCCCAGCAGCCGCCCGCGACGACAAACGAGCAGCAGCAGAAGAAGGCGACGACGACGAUGGCCCCGCCGCUGGCCCAGAAGCAGCCCACGCGGAAGGGCAGUGACAGCUCCGGCAGAGUGCACAAGCCCGCGGCCGGCGCUGCUGUGGCCGCUGCUACGCAACCGUCGGAGGCGGACAGGGCCGCCGGCCUGGCGUUCAUGAAGAGCAUCGUGCCGUCGUUCGAGGACGGACUGCUGGGCCUCCUCUACGAGGAGCACGAGUGGGACCUGGAGCGCACCAUCGAGGCCCUGCUCACCCUCACCAACGUCAACAGCGAGAUCGCUCCGUCGGCUGUCAGCGCUGAUGUCAGCGCUGAGAGCAGCGGUGAGCAGUCACCCAAGUCGUCGAGCUCGGCGUCGUCAUCGACAUCGGUGUCGGACGAGGAGCAGGACGAGCAGCCAUCGGAAGCCGCGGCCGAUGAGUGCGACACGACGGCCGGCGAGGACUGGGAGCGUAUCGACGAAAUCAUCGCGCGGAUGGUGCGCGAGGGCGAGAAGGCGUGCUGCAGCAGCGCCGCCGCCGAUGGUGAGAUCACGUUUGUCCAGGACGACGACGACGACAAUUACGACGUCGAAGACAACGGCGCCUGCGACGAACUCGUGGAUAGCCUGGAAGUGCUGCGACGCAGAUACCUCGGCGACGAUGAAGAUGACGAAAAUGCGAAGGAGCAAGCCGAGCACCACGACGACGAUGGCAACAACGCCGCGCGGGCCGUCAGCGAAAAGCCGGGCAGCGCGUUCACGUCCAACCUCGACAUGCUGGCCGACAUGUUCCCCGAGUACGACCGCCAGGCGCUGGCGGUGACGCUCGAGGCCAACGCCGACGACAUCGAGGCCACCACGGAGGAGAUCCUGGCGCAGGCCUUUGACGCAGCGCGGGGCAACCGGCGGGGCGGCCGCGGUCGGCAGCAAAUCCUCGGACCCAGGAAGAUGACCGACGAGGUGCUCGCCAAGAUGGGCGUUGCGGCUAAGGUCCAGGCGCCGCCAGCGCAGGCCUACUACCCUAACCUGCCCCUCACCGCGCCUCCCUCAGCCCAGGCUGCAAGCAAGGCGAGCGCUGGACCGAAUCGUUCGGCCGCGGAUUUGAGUCACGUGGACCUGUCCACCAAGCUGAAGCUGCUGUCGCUCAGACAGCAGUUCUGGUUCGUCGAGGCCGAACUGCUGCAGGCGGUCUUCCAGCAGUGCGGGUGCAACGCCGGCCGCACGAUCAGGGCGCUCACCGAGAUCGACCCCACCAUGACGUGGCAGUCGGGCAAGGCCAACGACGCGCAGCAGUCGAGCGCAGUCGACAACAAUGUCAACGCCACCGCCAAGCAGGCCGGCGCCCAGGCGGCGCAGAAGGAGCCGGGUCGGCCGGCCGCUCAGCGUCAGAAGCGCGCCGAGGGCCGCAGGGAGCGCCGCAAGCAGGAAAAGUUCACCCUCGUCACGCGGAAGAGGUGCAACACGGGCAACAAGGCCGGCUCUCGCGCGUCGGACGGGCAGGACCUGCGACAGCAGGCCCUCGACCACGCCUCCCUCAGGGACUAA